AGGCUCAGUAUUACCAGGACACCUAAACAUGGCAGGCAAGAAUGGGGAGGUGUUAAAUGGAGGAGCAGAAGAGGGACCUGCUGGAAUUAUUAACAAGCUUUUUCCCAAGAUGAUCAGUCCAAGCACAGCCAAGGACUGGAUUGACAGACGCCGGGCUCACAUCCGCCCAUGGAACAACUUUGUCGACCAGAGGCGCUUCUCCCGGCCACAGAACUUCGGCGAGCUGUGUAAGCGGGUGACGCGGAAUGUGGAACACUUCCAGAGCAAUUACAUCUUCGUUUUCCUGGGCCUCAUCCUGUACUGCAUCAUCACCAGCCCCAUGCUGCUCGUUGCCCUGGCUGUUUUCUUUGGAGCCUGUUACAUCGUUUACCUGAAAGCUCUCCAGUCCAAGAUGGUUCUGUUCGGUCGGGAAUUGAGUAUGGCCAAUCAGUACGGCCUGGCUGGGGCUGUCUCCUUCCCCUUCUUCUGGCUUGCUGGGGCCGGUGCUGCUGUUUUCUGGGUGCUGGGUGCCACACUUGUCAUCAUCGGCUCUCACGCUUCUUUACAUUCGAUUGAGGGGGACUUUGAGGAGCUGCAGAUGGAACCAGUCUAAGAAGCUGUCCCUGGGGGGUCUCUGGAGGGCGCUAUGGGACUGUUCUCUCUAUUUCUUGCCAUGUUAUGUCCUAUCUGUCCUCUCUCUCUCUCUCCACCCAAUGUAACUCUUCCCUCCCUUCCCCGACAAGCACUUUACACAGUCUCUGGAUGGCCAGUGACUGUCAGAAUAAGACCAGGCACCGCUUGAUCAAGAACUGCCAAAUAAACAUGUACACCGUAUAGAAUAGUGACGUGGAUUUGUUUU